CUACCAGCAUCUGUCCCUCUUUUUGGACCAGACUUAUGCUUCGGCUGCAUCACUAUCCGUCGGGAACCGUUUGUGCGCUACUUUCAUUUCCGAUCACCGAGCCGUGACCGUGAGAGCGCAAAUGCGCAUCGGUCUGCGCAUCUUUGAGUCUUCAGAACUACACUGUGGACAAUCUUCCUGACAUCCAGAGACCUCUCCUCCGCAAUCCGACGAGGCUCCUUCACCGCCUAUGGCCGCACAUCGGCAUCCGUGAGCCGCUGGCCUCGUCCCGGACCUUUCACCCACCGCUGUCCUCGAAAGGUCUUUGAAUCAGGGGAGACGUCUGCAUACAUUUUUUUUUUUUAAUCAUCCUCGGCUGGCUUUUUUUUUUUUUUACGAACCCGGUGCUAUGCUGGGCCCAUCUCUCUAGAUCUUGUGAUAAAUACACGAUCUCUCCUCCCACAUUCGUCCGACCGAGACCCUGCUCUCUCAUCGAGCCCCGACGAUGCAUCCUAACGCAGCGAUGCUGGCGGUGGUCCUUAUGGGGAACUUGAUGGUGCCUUUCACCUCGGCUCAAAACGCUGGGUUUGUGAAGUCGCCCAUGUCUGAGACUAAGCUCACGGGGGACACCUUUGAGCUGUACUGCGACGUGGUUGGUAACCCCACCCCAGAGAUCCAGUGGUGGUAUGCUGAGAUCAACCGAGCUGACUCCUUCAAGCAGCUGUGGGACGGAGCCCGCAAGCGUCGGGUAUCCAUCAACACGGCCUACGGCAGCAACGGGGUCAGUGUGCUCGGCAUCACGCGCCUCACACUGGAGGACUCUGGGACCUAUGAGUGCCGAGCGAGCAACGACCCCAGGCGCAAUGACCUCCGACAAAACCCUGCCAUCACCUGGAUCCGCGCCCAGGCCACCAUUUCGGUGCUACAGAAACCAAAGAUCAAUGCCUCUGAUCAGAUCAUCCUGUCAGCGGACAGCACAAGUAAACCAGUUACCCUGCAGUGUAACCUCACCACUGCUCAAACUCCCCACAAGGAAAGCUUCUGGAUGAAGAAUGGUCAGGAGAUCGUCAAUACGAGGACAGAGCAGAGGAACACAUUAUACAGAAUCACUAAACCACGGGCCGAUGAUUCCGGGGAAUACAUGUGUGUUUACACAUUUUACAUGGCACCAAAUGCAAAUGCCACAAUUGAAGUAAAAGCAAAACCUGAUAUCACUGGCCACAAGCGGAGUGAAAAUAAAAACGAGGGAGAAAAUGCAAUGCUUUAUUGCAAGUCUGUUGGCUACCCGCACCCCACCUGGACAUGGCGUAAACUGGACGGAACAUCCUACACGGACAUUGACAACUCCACCGGACGCUUCUUCAUCACUAACAGAGACAACUACACAGAGCUCAACAUACUAAACCUGGAUAUAAACACCGACCCUGGAAAAUACGAAUGCAAUGCCACUAACGUGAUUGGAAACACAGCUGAGACCACUAUACUACGGGUGCGCAGCCACCUUGCACCGCUUUGGCCUUUCCUGGGUGUGCUAGCAGAAAUUAUAAUCCUAGUAGUCAUCAUCGUUGUGUACGAGAAACGCAAGACGCCAGAUGACAUUAUUGAUGAUGAUGAACCAGUUGGACCAAUGAAAACAAAUUCAACAAACAACCACAAGGACAAAAACAUUCGCCAGAGGAAUACAAAAUAAGCAAUUUACUCAAAUGAGAUGGCUAAACUGCAUUUUUUGACUACAUGAAGCUGUCAGAGGUGGAUAGAGCUCCAGGCAGUUUUGAAAAAAGCAUAUCUUGUCUCAUUUUAUGAGAAACAAUAUCAGCAUAACACUGGCAACAAAAAGAACAUAAUGGCUGUCUUAAGCAUGCCUUAUUCAGUCUUACAUGGAGAUUUCAGGAUGAUGAAUAAUGACUAAAACCACCACAAAGGUGUACACAUUUUUAAUGUGCUGUUGGUGUCUCCUUUAUUAAUUUUAUCAUAUCCUCAAAUGAGGUGAUCCCUUUUGUAUUACAUAUCAUGUACAAUGCAUGCAAGGUAAUUACGCAAUAGGAUACUCAGAAUAGACAUUUUCUGUUGUUAUCCCUCGGUGUGGCUUUUUUUGCAUCUAAAAUGACCUAUGUUUUUUAUGGAGUCAUCCUUAAAAUUAUAUAUAUAAAUAUAUAUAUAAUUAGUUUUAUUCUUAAAAAUUUGUACAGCAUAUCAUGUUCAUUUAACUGUUUGAUUUUGUGACCAGAAGUCCACUUUUAACAGAACUUUUAUUGUGAAGCAAGGGCUUCAAGGAGACUGGCAGUAUUUAAAUUUAAAUGAGAGUGAUCACAGAAAAUGACUACUGUGUGUUUAACUAUCUAAACAAAAUGAUAUGUGUAUUAUUUUAUUUUCUUUCCAGAGUAACUUAGGUGUCUUGUAUAUGUUGAAGUAUGAGUGUUCAAAUGAUAGGAAAUCUGUAAAAAAAAAAUAUUUUUUUUAUAUUUCCCAAUUUCAUUUAUUAUUAUUUUUAUUUUUUAUUUCUCUCUUUAACUGUAUAGCAUGGCUAUAAUCCUAUGCAAUAUGUAUUCUUAAAUAGAUAUAUGGAGGGCAGUUUGUUUUACUCAGUGAAGCUUUAAUAUUGUGGGAUCACUUGGAAGCUGGCAUAGCAAAAUUCACUGCUGUAGCUGCAUGACUCAUGUUUCAAUACAAUGUAUCCAUGUGUGUUGCGGUGGAAAUGGACCUGCAUUAUGGUGGGAACAGAGGGACCAGAGUAUAUAGCCACGAUAAAACAUAUGAGUGAGACCAAUAUUUUUUUUCUGAAUAAAAAGUUUGAAAAUGAAUCCAGAUUUAUUUUGCUUUUGCAAGUUCUUCAUCUAAUUACCUAAAUUCAGUAUAAUCAAAGCAUCCUCUUCAGACCAUUUACCAUAACAACUAAUGUGUAGCAAUAUUUCAAACGAUAUCGGCAGUACAGCAAGAAACACUCCACCACCAAGUACUGCCUACACAAGCUGUAUAAGAAAAAAAAACAGUGCACUGACUUGACCUUUCUGCCUUCAGCUGUUGUUGAGAUUGUUCACUCUUGAAGCAAUUUCCCAAGCUCCCCCUCUACCUUCUCCACAAAUGCAGGAAAGCUGGGAUCCAGCAGACAAAUACGCAGGAUCGGCUCCAAGUCACCUUGUGCCAAAGAACCAUGGCGAUAGACUUGAGGCAGAGUCACAGCAGUCUCUCCCAUGAAGUGCUGUGGAAGGUCCAACAGAUACUUUUUUUAAUUUAAUCUAAAAAGAAGGAGCAGUUAUUUUAGUAGCCUAUGUUCAUGGUCAUAAUUUAAAGAAGUUAAUUAACUGAGCACCCUGCGCCCCAUGAAACACAGUGAAAACACUGUGCUUCUUCAUUUAAUUUAACACAAAAUUACAAUGAAUAUGUUGCACAGUGGAUGUUCAGUUUUGUUGGUUGUUACUUUUAAGUAUGCUACCUGGGUGAGACGCUUGAUGGACAAUGAUCCUUGGACAACCUCAGGCUCAACUCUUACAGCAUUUCCCUGCCAAGCAAAACAUAGUUUUACACAAAAGAAGAAAAAAGAUUUAACAAACACCGCAUGGCAACACAGGGUUAAGAGGCCAAUCAAUGGAUUCAUUACUAAUUGAACGAUAUCCACCCCUCAAAGCCCUUUCAUCUCCACUGUGAACUCCUUCAGUGUGUCUGUUCGCUAAAGGUCACAUUCAAGCCCAUGGCAGAGUCCAUUCCUUUCUCAGUCCGUAAAUGUUGUAAGCCAGAUGGCUGGAUCUAUGUUUUACUCAGAAUCCAAUUUCUAAUUAACCACAUGCUCUGAGUGUCUUCAAAGUGUUUGAGAGUAAAUAAAAGGUCACCACUGAAAGGAGGCAGAAUUGAAUGAUAGAGCUUCUCGUUCCUACAGUGUGUCAUUCGUAGAGUGUGAAUUUCAACUGGUGAAAUGCUUUGAAAAUGGGAUGUUUUAUUGUUGUUGUUGGUUUUUAGCUUCAGGACAACAAUGUUUGUUUUCACAAUCAACAACUUGACUGUUAAAGGCAAUAUUAAGAAGUCGUUCCUUCAGUUGCUUAAAGGGUAUGCCACUUUGAUGGUUGUAUUUAUAAAUUAAUUUUAUUAUUGUUGUACUUUCCUGUCUGUACCUGUGUGUUUGGAGUAGGACCUACUGUUUUCUACACCGUAUGUUGUAUUGUGAUUGGCUAAUGACUCCUGUGCAGUAUAUACUGAAGGUCCACCUAUUGUAGCCAUAGUGUCACCUCUAAGAGCAAGACACUAUUGUAAAUAGCACCAUCUAGUGAGUAUAAUAUGGCCACUGCUCAUGAAGCCAACGACAGCAAUGUGACAAUACUGUUGAUAAAGCAAUGAUUAAUGACUCUGACACCUUCAAUUAUGGAAAUUUACAUUGCGUUAAUAUACUUUUUUUAAUUUACAAAAUACAGUGCAAUAAAUGGUGACACAGAAGAUCAGUGUCUCAUUUCUACCAAACAAAGACUAUGCCAGGAAGAAAAAAGCAGUUGUGCUUGAUACUAUACAGCCACAAAACAGACUCUCAGCUUCAAGUUACCACUCACUGGCCUAGUUUGGGGGUUUCUA